AUGGGGGGACAGCGGAACGGAGGAGUUCGCGGAAGAAGUGGUCGUAGGAGAGGAAAGCACAGGGCUCUGAGAGGAAUAGAGAGGAAAGAGGAAAAGAGAGAAAAAAUUAGAUUGGGCGAGAAGAGGAUAAACAGAAGGAGAAUAAAUAAAAAGCGGCCUGUUUUGUAUUUGGCCUUCUGUUUGCUGACGUGCCUCAACCUCUGGAGGAUCGGUGGAAUGGAAGCACAGCAACGAAAGACAGCUCAUGCUGAAAGACCUGGACUUCGAUGCGUCGGGAUUGUACAGCUGCGAAGUGUCUACAGAUACGCCCAUAUUCACAAAACCAUCUAAUGAUGAGGAGCUGAUAGUUAUGCAGCACCAGCUGGAGGGGCCUCACAUCUCCUUCGGCAAACCUGAGUACCGCGUCGGGGAGGCUCUCCAGGUCAACUGCACUUCCGGUCCUGCGCGGCCUACCCCAGACGUCACAUGGCUCAUCAACCAGAAGCAGGCGGAUGAGAGCCUGAUGCGAACAUUCCCCGAGGAAAGCCCAGACUCAGUAACGGUGCAGUUGGCCUUCCUGGUGGAGGAGCGACACCGGGAGGGCCUCGAACUGACCUGCAUCUCGACAAUACCCGCCUUCCUCGGCCACCACGCCCGCCACUCACAGUACGCCGACCACAGGUCCCACACCAUCAAAGUGGAAGUUCUGCCCAACACACCCCCGGAACCGAUGGUGGAAAACAGUUGCUCUUCUCAGAGCCAGAACUUACCUAUCCUCCUGCUCUUGAUAUCUUUGAUCUAUGCCAGCUGGAGCCUUCAAUGUGAGUAUUGAACCUAUGAAGAAAAACACCCGACGUUCCGAAGAAGCCAAGAAUCGAUAAGAUUUUCACUACGCCAUGUGCACAAUUCGACGAGUUUGACUCCACCAUUAAAACUAUUUUGUUGAAAUUGUAUAAGAUAAAUUUAAAGAAAAAAAAAGUGAUUUUUGUAUUAAAAAAUUGAAAUUUUAAAUUAAAUAACAAUAAAAGACAAAAAAAAAAAAAAAAAGAAAAGAAAUAUAUUAUGUAACGGAAGAUAAAAUGUGAGAGUCAAUUAUCUCAGAUGAACUGGAUUAGAUCGUAGAAGUGUUCCCCGUAACUUUAGAUGAAGCAAUGAUAUGACCAACGCACGUAGGACCCCCGUGUAUAUAAUAAGCAUACAUGUAUAAUUAUAUACAUAAUGUGUGAUGUAUGAAUUUUUUUUCUACUAAUGUGCUCCUAGAAGAGGGGAUAGACGAUUCUACAAAGCUCAGGCACUCUCAUGACUAUCAGUAAACAAUCAAACAAUAAGUAAAUGAGAAUGAAGAGAAUUUAUUUAAGCAAAAUUAAAACAAAAAAAUUAUAAAAUAUGAUUUAAAACUAAAAAAAAAGUUUAUAUUCAUUGGUGUGUUUUGUCUGCUUUUGCGAUGUUUAAUUGUAAAUAGAGUGGUGUGCUUAUGUGUUGAAAUUUUAAUAGAUCCACUCGUGUGUGUUUUUUGUGGAUGUGUGAGUGAGAAUGAAUUUGUUUCUAUUUAUGAUAAUUAAUUUCAGACAAAAAAAAUUAAAACUUGAUAACAAUAAUUAGAUAUCCAAUUUCUCUUAGGAAUUUAAUUUUUUUUUCCUUUAAACAAAAUCGUUCUUGGCGAGGCUGAAUUUACUAGAAAAAAUCUUUAAAUAUUUUAUAAUAAUUAAAUUUGAAUAUAUAACGAUUCCAAAUAAAGUUCAAAUUUCAGGGCAUGAUUCAGGUAUGUGUGGAUCUUCUUAAAAAUUAAUAAAAAUAGAAAGCAUGGAAGAGUAAUUGUUAUUAAUUUAUAUGUUUAGUAAAUUAUUUUUUCUAUGUUAAUUUUUUAUUGUUUAAUAACAUCUAUUUCAAUAUGGAGGUCUAAAAGAUAAUUUCUAUCGUACCGGAAAUAUUAAACAGAUACAAUUUCAACAUGUUCGAUAUAAAGGAAAAUAAACGAGCCAGAAUGCAAAACUUAAGCCAAUUGCUAAUAACUUCUAAAUACCUUUCAGUCAUUUUCAUUGUAUUUGAUAUUGAUCGCAACUUCUGUUGAUAAAUUGAAAUUUUAAAUAAAAAAUAUAUAUAUUAAAAAAUUAUAAAGCAAUCUUAUACAUAUCAGUUUGAAAUUUAUAUAAAGUUUAUUCAUGUUUUUAUUAUAUUCAGAGAUCUUUAACUCGUUUAAUUUUUUUUUUUUUUUUGCUGGAGAGAUUUUCGAUCGCUUGAAAUAUUUUUGAAAUAUAAAACUAUAUGGGAUCCUAAUCAGGAAAAAGUUUUGAACAACUUUCUAUUAGUAUUUUUGAAGUGGCAAAUUAAAAUUGUAAAAAAAAAUUAAUAAAUAUUUAUUCAUUAAUAUUUUUAUUAAUAAAGACUAUUAACGGGCAAGAUUCAAAUAACAUGUUACGGAAUCGUUGGAAAUUUUUAAAAUCGUAAGGAGACGAUAACGCGUGUUUAAACUGCCAUACUAAUAGUUAGUUGAUUUUUUUUAUUUAUUUUCUUUUUAUAGAAUAUAAAAUAGAUUUAAAUGUAUUUUGAUUGUAAGCGUAGUACAUAAGGUUGGUAAAAUAUAGUGAGCUUUAACCAAAAAAAAAAAAAUUAAGUGUUUUUCCUUCUCGUAUUUCCAUGUAAUAGAUAUUAUUAUUAGGUGAGGAUUGUACGCCCUCAGUAAUCAUUGCUUUCGAAUUUAAAUUUAUUAUUUUUAAGACGAUAUAUAUAUAUAUACAUAAUUUUGUAAUUAACACGAAACAUUAUGUUAAUAUAUUUUAUUUUAAUUAAAAUUGAGACUAAUCUGAUAAAUCUAUACAAUUAUUUUUUGUUGUAAACAUGCCAGUUCAUUUUUCCUAUUUCAAAUUUACAGAAAUAUUUGGAUUAGAAGCAAUUUAAUUUAGUAUUUUUUUAAAAAUGAUUUUAUUGAAAUUUACAACUGUAAACAUAUAUGCAACCAAUAAAUUAUUUAGUAAUUUAAAAAUAAUUUCAGACUAAUAAAUGUAUGACAGAAAUCCUAAAAAAUAAAGGUUUUUCAUACGGUAGGAAUAUUUAGUAUUAUUAAUCGAUCUUGUAACAUUGGUUCAAAAUUUGUUGUAGUGUGAAUUUAUUACUUAUUCUAAUAAAGUUAUUAAACAUAUUUUUAUUGAAAAAAAAAUGAAUAAAGAAUCCUAAAUUAUGCCGUUAAUUUAUUUUAAAACUGUCAAAAAGAGGAAAAAUGUCUCUUUAAUAAAGCAACUAAGAAAAUAUUUUAUUUUAUUUUAUUUCUCUUAUUUUUUUCGAAAAUAAAAUAUAUUAAUGAAAUGUUCUUCUAAGAAAAAAAAAAUUUAAUUUUCCUAAGAAUUAACAAGUUUCCUAUCUAUCAUUUCAGUAAUUACAUUUAUAGAACAUCUAAAAAAUAAUUGCAUGUGAUUGAAGAUUUUUGUUGCAUCGGUGUUCUAUCCUUUUUGUAGAUAAAUUAUAUCUAUUGAAAAAAAAAUUGUUUUGUUGCUUCAUUCGUGUUAGUGUUGAUUACUGAGGGCAAUUAAUGGUGUUGCGACUUUAUGUUAGUUGAGUACGAUCUCUCCCUUUCUAUGGCAAGAAUAGCCCCCUAAUCCUCAGCUCUCCUUUAAUAAUAUAUUUUUUUUUAUUCAUAUUAUUUUUAAUGAAUAAUAAAAUAUUAUUCUCGCCAAUAUUUUAAUUGGUAUUACUAACCUGCUCGCUUUACCUUGUACGAGCUGUUAACUAUUUUGAGCUUAACGAACUGAUCCCUUGAACCGCUUAGAUGUAACCUGGUGGGUUUUACCAAAUAGAGCGAAAAAUAUAUUACUAUAUGAAUAUAUUUAAGAUAAAUAAAAAAAAAUAUAUAUACAUAAUAAGGUAUAUGUAUAAUACUCAAGUAUCUAUGUCUUCCUCACUGGCCUCAACGGUCUGAUGUUAAUAAAUAUAUAAAUAAAUAUAUUGUAUUGCCAUUCUAAAAGGCCGUAAACUUCUAAUUGUAACUAGAUUAUAGAAACACAUUAGGUUAGGUAUUUUAUAGAUAAUAAGGUAUAUAUAUAUUGAUGUUGUAU